AUGAUUAAACUAAUCGUGCUGCUUCUGUUGUCUUUCGUUUUCAAGCAAAUGGCUAUAUCCAAAAAAACGAAGGAUGUCCCUUUGAUUAAUUACCAAAUGAUACCUUCGCAAAGAUGGAAGGUAUCAGCAAAGGAGUUGGUGAAAUUGAAAGAAAAAUUGAAAAUUUUUGUGGCAUCAGAAAUUCAGAAAGAAGGUUCUUUUCUACUUCGAAAAUAUUAUAAAGAAUUUUAUAUAUCAGAUGAAGAGAAUGAGAAUGAUACUGAAUCUCGGGAUUCACCCCACCAAAAAGAAACAGAAAGUGUGCCUUCUCCCGAAAACUCAGAAAUGGAUCUCCAAGAUGAAAUAAACAAGUCCUUUGACAUAAAUGGUCCAAUAUUGUUAAUUUAA